CUUGGGGAUCAGCUGCUGGUCCUGCAGUCAGGUGACGAGGUUGCUAUUAUCCCACCCAUCAGUGGUGGCUAAGUCCAGCCAAACACGUUAGAGAAACCAUGAAUGAAAUUGAGGAAGAGCCAAAAGAUUUCAUCAAAUUGACCCAGGAGAAGCUCUCUGUAGAUGAAGCAUCAGUGUUGGUAACUUCACCAUGCUGUGGGGCUAUCUCUCUGUUUAUAGGCACUACAAGAGAUAAUUUUGAUGGGAAAAAAGUGAUUCAUUUAGAGUAUGAAGCAUAUACACCAAUGGCAGAAGCAGAAAUAAAGAAAAUCUGCAGAGAUGUUAGAAAAAAAUGGCCAGCAAUCAAACAUGUAGCCGUGCAUCAUAGACUUGGCUUGGUUCCAGUGACAGAAAUGAGUGUGAUUAUAGCAGUCUCUUCUCCUCACAGAAUAGAAUCUCUCAAUGCUGUGAGCUACUGCAUUGACACUUUAAAAGCAACAGUUCCAAUAUGGAAAAAGGAACUGUAUGAAGAAGAAUAUUCUUGGAAAGAAAACAAGGAAUGCUUUUGGACAAACAUGGAAAAAUAACUCCACCUUCUUUUCAGAUAGUCACUCUAUGAAGAUUAGUUUUGAGUUGUUUCCAGAAAAUAUAACUAGGAUUUUACUUCCAUGCUAACAAACACUUGAAUAAUUUAUAUUGGUUUUAAUUAUGCCAAUUAUGAAAUGAUAUAUGGUGAAUGGAUUAUUCUUAAAAAUAUUCUUAAAAAUAACUUCAGAUCUUCUGUAAAAUCACCUACUUUGCUUUUGUUCAUAGGCCAAUAUUUAAAAUAUCUUUCAUAAAAUUCUUGGAUGAAAGGUGUCUAAAGUUGUUUGCCAUAUACUGCCUCAUUGUCUUUUUGUUGGCAGUUUGCAGACACUGCCAGUCUUGGACAUUCCGGGUGGACAAUCAGAUAUGUUUUCAGACCUCAGGUUUUUUUAGAAUGGAUGCAAAGUUAGUUUGAGCUUUGGCAUACUUGUAAUUACCUUGUAAUUUGAAAGAUGCUUCAAGUUGACAAAGCACUUUGGUAUGUGCAGAGGGAAAAUAUAUACUAUACUCAAGAGUUUAUUAAUGUUUUGGUAAUGGUUAUUUCCCAGUUGCCUUUUUCCACAGAAAUGUUUUUGUUAUGCAGUUGAUAUUACAAGCCCAUCACAUAUAGGAUCAUAGGACAGUAGGGCUGGAAGGAACCUCACAAGGUCAUCUAGUCCAGCCCCUGGCUUAAGGCAGGAUCAUCUUUGACUAAAUCACCCCAGACCAGUGUCUCUACAAACUGUUCUUAAGAAUUUCCAGGGAUGGAGAUUCUACAACUUUUUAGGUAGCCUAUUCCAAUGCUUGAACACCUUCAUAGUCAGAAAGUUCCUCCUAAUCUCCAGCCUAAAUUUCCUCUGCUGCAGUUUGAGGCCAUUGCUCCUAGUCUUGUCCCAUAUAACUACAGACAAUAGUUUUAUCUCCAUCUUCUCUGUAAUUGCCCUUCACGGAUUUAAAAACUCUGAAAUUGCCCCUCAGUCUUCUCUCUCCCAGACUAUAUAAUCCUAAUAAUCCUUUCACCCUUUCCUCAUAAAUCAUUCUUUCCAGACAUCUAAUAAUUUUGUGGCUUCCCAGUGGACUCUUUCCAAUCUGUCCACAUCCUCCUUAAAGUGUGGGGCCCAGAACUGGACACAGUACUUCAAAUGAGGCCUCACCAGUGCAAAAUAGUGUGACAAAAUCACUCUGGAUAGGUCAUUCAAAGUAAGAUAAUAUAAUCUAACUGGAAAAAGCUGUUAGCAGUAACUAAAAUCUUACUGAGGUAUAACGUGAUUAAUUUUGAAGGAAUUUUAAUAGAUGUGUAGUUCUGUGCUACCUCUUAAAAGACGAUCAUUGUUAGAAAAAAAAACAAACAACCAAAACAAGUUCAAGGCUUUGACUUUAGGUGCUCUUGCUGUUUUAAACUUUAACUAUGAAUCAGGACACUCCAAAUGAAUUUAAUUGUUUAAAACAAGUGUCCAUUUAAAAAUCAAAUACUAAUUUUCAGUGUUCAGUUGAUUUUAUUUUUUACAUUAAUUCUUUCAGUGAAUAUAUUAUACUUUCUUCUCUUGCUCCUGUUUAAGUGGGAUGUUUUGUACACAGCAAAAAUAGCUUGACAGCGUGCCCAAGCCUCCAUACUGUUCUGUUCAAAUCAGUGGGGGUAUUUUACGUAAGUAAAGCAUGCAAGUAUUAUCAAUUUGUACUUGAAGCCUAAAUUGAGACCAGAGUACUGUUGUUCUGGACAUUUUAGUGAGAGACUGUACCUGCCUCAAAUAUUUUAUACUCUGAAGUUGGGGGUGGCAACCUGCGGCACCUGGACUGAAUCUGGGCCUCCAAACCUUUGGCUCUGGCUUCAGUUGGCUUUGCUCAAGGGCUCUGCCUGUGCCACAGAGUGCAGGCUCUUGUGGAGGGGGUGCUUUUGCCAUGCCCUGCUGCAGCUGGAUGACUGCCUAGUGCCUACCCUUCCUUUAACCUGAGCUGGGUCAUUCCAGCCCCCUGGUGGAAUUGCCAACUCUUGUUCUAAGUAGACAGGAUAGAAAAAAGGUGGGGGAAAAAAAGCACAAUGAAGUGAGUUGCCCAAGACUACACAUCAUACCAUUAAUUAAAUCAUACAACGCAACAUAAAUGUUUCAUUUAACCUGUUUCAUUGUUUUCCUGAUUGCACAAAGCAAGAGAACAAAAAAAAAAAAAAAAAAAGAUUUUGUCAUCAUCUCUCUCAGUAAUCAUUGCUUGUUGUAACUGAAAUAAACCUAAACCCCUCCAAACUUAACAUUUUUUUGGAUAAAGCGUGAUUAAAUGGUCUGUAUUUUGUGCCCUACUAAUGGUAGUUGGGCUUCCCCAGAAGAAAAGCCACAUUUUGCAUUAUAAUUGCCUGACACAGCUUCCAAAUUGUACAGAUCCCAGUUCUAGAUAGAGUACAAUGAGUUGAAAGUUGUAUUUUCCAUGGUUUGGAAGCUUGUGAGGAGAAUGCAUGAAUUUGUAUCUUCUGUAUGUAAAAUAUAUAAUGCUGUCAGAAUUCCUCAAUAAAUAUCAUUUCCUCAGUUCAAUAAUGUUUCCUUUAAAAAAAAAAAAAAAUCUGAAAUUAAUACUAUCAAUACCAAGAAUUUGAAAGACAGGACAGUUCCAUGUGAAUUUCCUUACUGGGAAAAGCCUUCAUCUUGGGUAUCAAGCAAAUAAUGGAUGUGGUACUUUACAAAUAGUAGUAUAGGACUAAGUAGUAUAGAGCAAGUUCCAAAGAAGCACUUGAGGAAACAAAGUCCAGAUGUGCAGUGCAAAAGACUUUAUUCAGUGGGAGGGUUUUCAUGAGACACUAACAGCUCAGUAGCCUAGUAAUACUGUAUAGUAGUGUGUCACAUCUCAAACAGUACUGAAACACUAGUGCACCAUAUUAUUAGGCUACUGUGUGGCAGCAUCGCUUAAAAGUUGUGCAGCAACGCUAGUGAGAAGUAACUAGUUAACAUGCAUUUAUUUAGUACUUAAUUAUGCCCAACCUGACAGUGAACUCCCCUGUUUGUAAGUUCCUAGGUCCCUGCAGUUCUGCAUGCACUGUUCUGAGCAGCCAAACUUCUGACUUCCAUCCAAGUUCUGUUGGGAUCCAGAAAAUGGUGAUAGCAGUCCCUAAUAAUUUCUAGACAUAUACCCAUUUUCUCUUUUCUUAGUUUUGCCAUAGUUGGUCAUUGUUUCCCUAUAAAAUCACAUGAUCAACUUUUUUUUUUUUUUUUUUACUGAUAUUGACUCUAUUUUCAUCCUGCACUAGUUCCUUAGCAUCAGUAUAUAACACUUCCUUGUCAGUGGUGCAUACUAAAUCUUUUGCCCUCUUCCAUAAGCUCAGUCUUGCUGCUUGUUUUCUUGUAUAAAUGAAAACAUAAUCAUAUUAACUAAACCAGUGUCACUGCACACUUUUUUUUAUACUCUACUUGUGCAGAGACUUCAUGUUCCCACUGAAUCCUCUUAAGUCUUUAAAAAAAAGGUUUACCAAAAAGCUUUGAUAGUCACUUCUGAAUCACUUCUGCUGAAGGACAGCCCAUUAAGGAAUAUUCAAAGGCUUCUGUUAUUUCUGGACGGUUCUUUUGGACAAUUUUUUCUUCCUUGUGAAUCCAAUUCUUUUCAUCCUUGAUUGCUACAUUACUUACCCACCAAUUAUUGCUUCAUAUUUAUUUGCGAACCAAUAUUAUCCUAAUAAUUGUAAAGCUUAAGACCAAAGUCCCUGGCCUAAAUUAGCCAGCAUUUGUACAGAUUCAUAUAUUUGACACUGCAGUAUCUUUUGAUAUAAUCCUUACCAUGUAUUGUUCUUUAAUUCCUCCAAGGUCACAUUCCACAUUGCUAAGUACAUAUUAGUCAAAUAAACUGGAAGCUCCUGCUGUAUUUUAUCCCUUCACAACUGACCACAAAUGGCACACCUGCCCACUGUCCCCUCUCUCUUUCACCUUCCCCAGAAAAGCCCACCAUCCUUUAUUAGAGUAAAUUCUAAGCCAGACUGGGCUAACUGUCAAUCACCUGCCCCUAAUCCUCUCAGUAAUUUAGAUUCUGAAAAUAAAAUAGAGUGGCUAGAAAAACAGCUUUGUGCCUGGUUCAGGACCCUGUGCUCCUACAUUCUCCCUCUCUGGUACAGAUGGAGGGAGAUGCAUCUGCCCUGGAUACAAAACAGGCAGCUAACUUCAUUCUUUCGAACUUCCAAAUGCUUGUCUUCCCUUUCCCAGAGUCAUUUCCCAAUUUAAUUCUGAUGUCUCUUAUAGACAGGCACAAGAGGGGCUCCAGCCCACCAACAGUUAGCACUGACCUAGUGAAGGCGUACUUGAAGGGUCUGGAUAUGUUUAAGUCAGCAGGCCCUGAUGAUCUUCAUCCAAGGGUGCUGAAGAAAUUGGCCAGUGUCAUAGCAGAACCACUGGCAUGGUUGUUUGACCACUCAGAGAGAGGAAAACAGACCUUAAGACUAGAGGCUGAGAGCCAUGGGACUUUUCAGCCUGGAAAAGUGCAGGCUCAGGGGUGACCUGGUGGCCACCUAUAAGUUUAUAAAGGGUGUUCACCAGGACCUGGGGGAACGUUUGUUCACCAGACCGUCCCAAGGGAUUACAAGGUCAAAUGGUUAUAAACUCCUGCAAGUCCGUUUCAGGCUGGACAUAAGAACUUCUUUACUGUCCGAGCCCCCAAGGUCUGGAAUGGCCUGCCGCCAGAGGUUGUUCAAGCACCUACUUUGAAUGCCUUCAAGAGAAACCUGAAUGUUUUUCUUGCUGGGAUCCUAUGACCCCAGCUGACUUCCUGCCCCUGGAGCAGGGGGCUGGACUCGAUGAUCUUCCAAGGUCCCUUCCAGCACUAAUGUUUAUGAAGUCUCUGUUGCUUUCUCUGCCCCACCCCGCCCUUUGACUGACAUUAUUUUUGCUCUUCUCCUUGACUAUUAUGGUAGGAAAUUCUGAUACUCUCUGCUGCCCCAGCCACAUUGCUUUUAUCUUUCAGAAGCUUAGAGACCUUUUCAUUAAUUUUCAUGGACCCUUUUAGCCUCUUAACGUCCUCUUAGGUUGUCACCAACAUCACGAUGUUAGCUGCGCACACCACUACUUUGGAAAGGAAAGAUGAUUGGGACCAUGGUCCACACUCCAAAUAAUUCUAACUUGAUAGCAAUUUUUAAUGUUUAUCCUGGUGAUUCUCAACAUCCUUAGACUUGAGGCACCCCUUGGAAAUGCCUACUCCCAGUUUACGCUCUUUUUUUUUUAAAUGCAGCAAAAUAAUGCAACAGUGUUUCUGUUGCAAAGAACUCAGAGAUCACAAGUAUAGAUUUUUAUGUGAAAUCUCUGGAUUUAUCUUGUGAAACGUUAGCAAACCGAACAGUGUUAUCAUUAUAUGGCACCCAGUGGCACCCUUGAAUGGCUCUCUAGACACCUCCAUGCUGUGGCUCACUGAUCUCUCUCUUCUGCUAGGUAACUUGGUCCUAGAGAGAAUAAGGUCUCCAGACCACCCACACAAUCUUUCAAGACGGAUUGAACAAACUACUAAAAAAAUUCCUCUUACCUGUUCCUUCCCUUGCAUCUCUUUUUCCUCUUCUCUUAUUAUGGCCUUGAGUCUUUGGGAAACCCUUUCAUCUCAUAGAAAGCCCUUCAGUUCUGCUCUUGGCAUCUUCCGAAAUAAUUGGAUAAUUUAAUGACAAUUAAUUGCAGCGACUAAGGACCAGCAGGUGUCAUAUUCAGUGGCUGUGUCUACAUGUGUGCUUAGCUGCAGAGUAGACUAAUUAGCUGCAGAGUAAGGCAUCACCAUCUACACGUGACACUAUUAUGCUUUGGUAAAUACUUAUGGUGGGGUAAUUAACUGCAGUUAAAUGUACUUGGAAACACUGACCAUGGGCAUAAACUGCAUCAAGCCAACCCAGCCAGCACAGGGUCAGACUUCUGCCUGUCACCUAACCACAUGGCUCUACACUUUCAGCACCCUCAGCACCUAGCCAGUCUCUCUGCCACCUGACACCACCACCUGGAGCUCAAGGCUCACCCCCUUGUCCUGGCAUAAACUGCUCUGCCUCAGCCUAAAUUGCUACUGUUCUGGGUGCAUGUAUAGAUGCUACACCCGGAAGUAAUUUACCCUCUCUCAAACUUACCUGUUUAUUGCUUUAAAUUAACUGCACAUGCAGGUGCACCCAGUAGGGCUGUGCAAAGCUUUGGUCACUGAUUAGAUCUGGAGGAGAUUCGGCAACUGACUCUCAGCAUCAGAAUCAAAUCAGAAGGCCCAUUAACCUCUCCGAAACAAAUCAGAAGCCCCCAAUUUAAUUCGGAGAGAUUCACUGAUUCAGGCAUAGACAUAGCUUUAUAUGUUUUUUCUACGUACCUCAGAAUACCAGGCAGCUUGUGAACACUGCAAUGGUGGGGCGGAUGGAGUGUCCCAUGGAAGCACGGGGAGAGCGGAGGGGGGGUUUCCCAGCGUGCUUGGCAGUGGACCCAUAAGUGCUUCUGGUCCACGUCCCCUGUGGAGCAUGUGGGGGGGAACCCCCCUUGGCUCGGCGACUGGUGCCUCCUGGGUCUGGGGGGGCACCCAGGGUCCCCCUGUGGCUGACCACAUGGGGGUCUCCCGCACACUCUUGUGGGAUGUGCCAUCCGCCCCAGCAUUGCAGCGUUCACAAGCAGUGCCUGGUACCUUGAGGUAUGUAGAAAAAACAUAAAGCUGCGUCUAUGGCCGAAUCGCUGAUUCUCUGAAUCAGAAUCGAAUCUUCAGAUCUGGAUUUGGCCAAAUCGAAUUGGGACAGUGAUCCGAAUCAAUGAAUUAAAUCACUGUCCCCCGAAUCAGGCUGAAUCCGAAUCAAAUACAGCCCACUUUGCACACCCCUAGCACCCGGUAUAUAACAAACCAACAUAAUGAAGAUGGAAUUUUUAAGCAGUGCUCUGCAUCAGGUCCCCUCCACAGCUUUUGUCGGCCUGUCAAGACUGGUGAAAUGUUUGUUUUACUGUAGCAAAAAGCCCCCUUUUCCUCUUGCCUGCAUUUGCUUUCCCCUCUUUGGAUAUGUUUCUCUUUUUCUACCUUUUCUUCCUUCCUCUCUCUUUCACUUUAAGAUAAGGAAUUGUAUUUUAAAAUUUGUAUGUGUGCAUUUUGUAUCUCCCCUUGUAGUUUGGUAUUUUUAUCUAUUUGUGUGCCAUGGCAUUUGUAGCUUAUAUUUUAUACUCCUCACCUUUCAACUUUCAACUAAAUGUGUUUUAGUAAGUUAUACAUUGUAACAUUGUUAACAAAGGCAGGAAUCAAACUGCCCUUCCCUGUAUCAGGCUGGCCUCUGAAAGAGUGAGUGAAUCAGUGAUUGAAUGUGUAACAUGGAAGCAGGCAGCAAUUAUCACCUGGAAGCUGAACUCAAUAGAAGACAGUGUAACAACCGGGAAAUCUCUAUACCUCACUGAUCAAGGGCUAGAAGCCCUGGCCUGACUUAAUCAACACCAGAGACCAACUUUUGGGCUGAAUAUCUCCAGAUAGACCACUCCCAGAGCCCUAUUCUAAAUUCAUCAACGGACUCCCAAACCUGCAAGUACAUGCGGACGACCCCUGGGACUGACAGAUGCUGUCCAGUAGCCACUGGGGGGGGGAAGUCCCACGAGGGUCAAUGAGCCCUGGAUUGGGCAAACCAGAAAACUGGGGAGUCACCAAAGUCUGCCAAGGACAGAUAAAAGGCAGUGAAAAGUGACCCUAGUGGCACCCUCUUGAUCUCCAACUCGACCAGACCUGUCCAGCCAGAAGGACCAGCCGGCGACCCCCUUCUGGAAGAUAACACCAUGCUGAAAGAAGCCUCAACGACAGACUCCAGCGCUUGUAGGAUAGGUAUACCUGACUCUGUAGCCUGCUAGUGUGUGUGUGUGUGUGUGUGUGGACCAGCCCCAAGGUUUAUGAUUACAGUGUUUCAAUCUGCCUAAUAAACUAGAAUUUUAAGGA